AUGUCGGACGACCUUGAUCCCGACCCUUUGUCGUGGGACCUAACCUCUGCGAUCAGCCUUCUCAAUAGUCUGUCUAUCUCUAAAUAUGACUCGAGCGCAAUUUCCCUCCCACUCCCUCUCUCUGAAGAGCCGGAGGACUCCUCAGACCGAGAUUUAAAUCUUGGCGAUUUUUCCAAGAUUUGGAACUAUCUUGGCCACCCUACACCUCCAGAUGACAACGAACCCGCAAAACUUGUCAAUUACGAAGUCAAUGACGUUCUUGUGGGCGAGCUGGACCUCAAUCAAUUGAGUAAAGCAGUUCGUUGGAGAGAUGAGGUGGAUGGAGCUGAUCUAGAGGACAAUGUCGAGCCAAACAAACCUACUGCAGCCUCUCUCCGAAACAGAAAGCGCGCCGAGAGAAGAGCACGGGCGAAAGAGCGAGCCGAAAAACUCGGCAUUGGAAAGGAUCCCCCCGUCUCUGACACCACAGACCUCGAGUCCGGAGAAGAGCUCGAGUCGCUUCGUCGGCCCUCUGAUCGACAAGCUGUCAUUGACAGUAUCAUUGGACGACCUCGGCCGACUCCUGGCUACAACAGCUCUCCACCGACAUCACCAUCGCCACCCAAGGCCGAACCGCGAACCCCCAAACGCAACUGGCCGGUCUCUCACCCCUUUUUAUGGACUCCCACAGACGUCUUAUCCCCGAAACGUGUUUUCGUUGGUCCUCAAGAUGGCUUGACUCCUCGAGCGAGGAAGCAAGCUCUCAUUUCCGAGCUUAUGAAGCAAUAUCCGGAUGAAAAGAAAUACAUGAAGAAUUCAGGUCUCUUGGAGCCUGCAUUCCUCCCCUUGAAUGUUUCCAAAAUUGGCGUCCAUGUCUUCGUCGACAUUUCGAACAUCACGAUUGGCUUCCACGAUUGUUUGAAGCUAGCCAGAGGCAUGCUUCGCGAGACACGUCUCAAGCGGGUCCCGUUUUCAUUUCAUAACUUUGCACUCGUCCUGGAACGAGGCAGGCCUGCCGCGAAGCGUGUACUGGGAGGCUCUGAUACAUAUCCUACUAUAACUCAAGCCAAAUCACUUGGCUAUGAAACCAACAUCCUCAAACGAGUCACCAAGGCAAAGGAACUAACACCGCGACAAAAGAAAUACCGUUCAGGUGGGGAGACUAGUGGUUCUGAAACGAACAAUCCUGUCUUUGCACCUGAAAAAUGGGUCGAACAGGGCGUGGACGAAAUUCUGCACCUCAAGAUCCUGGAAUCUAUUGUCGACGCACAGAAGCCCAGCACUAUUGUCCUUGCGACUGGUGAUGCCGCUGAGGCGGAAUACUCGGGCGGUUUCUUACGCAUGGUGGAAAGAGCGUUGGAAAGGGGAUGGCUGGUGGAGCUCGUCAGCUUCAAACUCAAUACUAGCAGCCUCUACAAGAGAAAGGAAUUCCGAUCUAAGUGGGGACCCAUGUUUAAAUGGGUCGAACUAGAUCCUUUUGUUGAAUUUCUCAUUGAGGAGGAAGAAGAUUCUUGA